CUAGAGGAUCUGGCGGGGGAGGACGGCGGAGGCCGCGCCUGCGCAGUACGAACAAAGGAGGCCAAUCCCGAGUUGGGCAUCACGCGAAGCCUGCCCUUCUUCCGGCGUGGAAGGCUGUACCAUUCUCAGACCUAAUCAUUGUUUGUCCUAAUUCACACGCGUGAUUUUUCCAAGGUGUUAUGGCUGCCCCGAGAGGCUAGGACGACUUUGCGCCGGUUGUGCGGGGUCCGAAGCCCACGCCUGGGAAACCCCGCGAGGUAAAGCUGUGCCUUACUUGCGGAGGCGACAGCGUCUCGCGUGCCUGGAGAUGGCGGCGUCCGGGAGCGGUAUGGCCCAGAAAACCUGGGAAUUGGUCAACAACAUGCAGGAAGCCCAGACCCGCAAUCACCAUUACUUUAAGUACUGCAAAAUCUCAGCAUUGGCGCUCCUGAAAAUGGUGAUGCACGCCCGAUCAGGAGGUAACUUGGAAGUGAUGGGCUUGAUGCUGGGAAAGGUGGAUGGUGAAACGAUGAUCAUUACGGACAGUUUCGCUUUGCCUGUAGAGGGCACUGAAACCCGAGUAAACGCUCAGGCUGCUGCGUAUGAGUACAUGGCCGCAUAUAUCGAAAAUGCCAAGCAGGUUGGCCGCCUUGAAAAUGCAAUUGGCUGGUAUCAUAGCCAUCCUGGCUAUGGCUGCUGGCUUUCUGGGAUUGAUGUUAGUACGCAGAUGCUCAAUCAGCAGUUCCAGGAACCAUUCGUAGCAGUGGUGAUUGAUCCAACAAGAACAAUAUCUGCAGGGAAAGUGAAUCUUGGAGCUUUCAGGACAUACCCAAAGGGAUACAAACCUCCUGAUGAAGGCCCUUCUGAGUACCAGACUAUCCCACUGAAUAAAAUAGAAGAUUUUGGUGUACACUGCAAAUAAUAUUAUGCCUUAGAAGUAUCAUAUUUCAAGUCCUCCUUGGAUCGCAAAUUGCUUGAGCUUUUGUGGAAUAAAUACUGGGUGAAUACGCUGAGUUCCUCUAGCUUGCUUACCAAUGCAGACUAUACCACCGGCCAGGUCUUUGAUUUGUCUGAAAAAUUAGAACAGUCAGAAGCUCAGCUGGGACGAGGGAGUUUCAUGUUGGGUUUAGAAACACACGACCGAAAGUCAGAAGACAAACUUGCCAAAGCUACUCGAGACAGCUGUAAAACGACCAUAGAAGCUAUCCAUGGAUUGAUGUCUCAGGUUAUUAAGGAUAAACUGUUUAAUCAAAUUAACGUCUCUUAAACAAUCACUAAGUAGUACUUUUGCCUGAAAGCCAGUGUGAGAAAAAUACUCAAGUAACACUUUAAAAACAGUUACCAAAAAUCUGAUUAGAAGUAUAAGGUGCUCUGAAGUGUCCUGAAUAUAUUAACAUACUGUAAUAAAAGUCCUUAAAAA